AUGGCAGACACGGACGACAAAAGAAAAUUGCUAGCCAAUCCGCUUCAUGGUAUUGUCAUCCCAACUGGUCUUCUUCUUUUCGGCACUUGGCUAUUCAGUUGGUCAUAUAUGCCAUACACCAUUGCCUUCAUAAUUGUCAUAUGUUCAGUACAGUACUAUUUAGCCACACAACGCCAGGCCUCCAUGCACCAAACUAUAUGGCGUGACUUUGAACUCAUUGAUCGGACAAUGGUUGCGCCCAUGACCGCCAUCUACCGGUUCAAAUUGAAUCGCGAGGAUGAAGUGUUGGAUAUACCUACUGGCCAUCACUUGUCUUGUGUUUUCACAGUUGAUGGAAAGGAUGAAUUACGAUACUACUCUCCCAUUUCGAACCAGUUUGAUGCUGGGUUUUUUGAUAUUUUGGUAAAACAUUACCCACAGGGCAAAGUGACUAGCAAAUUGGCAUCGGUGCAAAUUGGGCAAACUGUCAAAUUCAGAGGACCAGUGGGCACGUUGGAUUACAAGCCAAAUUCCAACAAGGCAUUGGGCUUGAUUGCAGGUGGAACUGGUAUUACUCCCAUUUUGCAAGUCAUCACCAGAGUGAUUACCAAUCCUGAAGAUGAAACUGAGCUCAAGUUGAUUUUUGCAUGUCAAACUCCCAAUCAAAUCUUGUUGAAACUGGAGCUAGACUCGAUAGCAGAAAAGUAUCCCAAGUUGUCAGUGUACUAUACAGUGGAUCAGCCAAGUGAGGAUUGGGCUGGAGGUGUGGGAUACGUGUCCAAGGAAAUGAUCCAGGACGUGUUUGGCGACGAGAAAGAUACAAAGAUUUUGAUGUCGGGUCCACCAGCUAUGAAGAGUCAUGUACAUGGAUUGCUUGAAGAGUUGCAAUGGGAUAAAGAAAAGAUCUUUUAUUUUUGA